AUGGGAGAAGCCUUAGGACUCGCUGUUGUACACCUCAGGCUUGAUGUUAUUCCUGGUUCUUUUAUAGAGUUUGCACUUCGUUUAGGCUUAGCUUUCUCUCGAUUAGAAGAAGAAAAUCAAAAUAAAAAAGCAUCGCUUCAAGCAUUAGCAGGAGGAGAUAUGUCAAAGCUAUUAGACUGGACCCUACAACAAGAAGCAACGCAAGAAAAGAAGAGACAGUUGUUAAGAACAAAAAGCAGUAUGGCUGUUGGUAUGCAUAGUUACUAUACAGAUCUACAAAAAAAACUAGAAGAACAAGAAGAGACAUUAACACCUCCAUCUGAUGAUGAAGAAGAAGAAGAGACAAAGAAAGACAGACUCAGAGAUAUUGAAGGAGGAGAAUCAAGCAUCAGCGAAAGCAGCUCCGAAGCAGCAGAAGAAGAUAAAAAAGACCUCGAUAUGCGUUUACAAGAGUUAGAGAAGUUUGUCUCAAGAAUGACAGAAGAAGAACAAGAGGAGACAACAUAUUUAUUUAAUGAAGACUUAACAAACUGCGGUAUUGCUUUAUCUGAAUUAUAUUUGUCUCUAUUGAAGCUACAGCUGAAGUCGCCGAGUGCAAUUGCAGACCAGUUUGAAGCAUUUAGAGAGAAGAAGGAGAUUGUUUUAAGAGAAAGGGCUGAGAAAUAUAAGAUAAGAAAUAAUAAACUGCGUAUCAUCAGAGAUGCUCUACUCUGUCUCCUCCAGGAGACACCUGGGGCCCUCUCUCGUGUAUUACCAACACAAGAGGAGACAGAGAAAGUACAACAAAAGUUAGAGCAAAUUAAGCAGCAAAACCAAGAGCUGCUGCGACAGCUAGAAGAACUUAGAGAAAAUCCUGAUAGCUAUGACAAACCAGGAGACAAAGACAACCCCUUAGAGUGGAUAGAAGCAAACGAAGCAGAAGACGGAGACAACAAAACGCAGCAGCAAACAAGCACACCCACAACUCAACAAGAACAACAAACGAGUAAACCACAAGAUAACGCAAGCGUCAGCAGCCAAGCCAGCAGACUCUCCGAUCUGGAGGCGUUUAGCAUUGAAGGCGAAGAGGAGUCGCUGCAGGGGGCUCCUUACCGCGUUGUUGGGGCGAAUGCUGCGGACUGGCUAGAGGAUUGA